AUGGGAAGCGAGUACAACUUCGAUGAUAUAGUGUCUCUAGCUAGUGCAAAUCCUCUGUCAUCAUUUCCAGUUUAUAACACUGACAGUGCACCAGGAUUUUCACCAGACCAUUGUCAAAAUCCUGACAGUCAAAGCUACUCUACUAUAACUUCACAAGCUGCUGCUCUCUCAUUCGAAAUAAAGACACAGUCUAACGGUUUCGAAAUCAUUGCAGAGCCUUUGUGUACAUAUAAACUAAGGACUCGCGAAGAUAAUAUAAAAGAUGGACGUCAAACUCCCCUCACAACAGAAAAUACGAAUUAUAAUGGCCCAGCAGUUCGCAUUCCAUCAUGUUAUAUUAAUACUAUCGAACAAUAUUAUAUUGGUAUUUAUCUUGUCACAGUCCCUCAUGAGAAAACCGGAUGUCAUCAUUUUCAUCCAUAUAUACUCGAAGAUUAUAAUAAUCCAGAUCAUAAUAAAGACGAUGGUAGCAUUUGGUAUCCGAUUACUAGUGAUGAUUCCAUGGGUAUUAAAAGCUUUCGAAAUAUACGUAUCUCAAAACGGAAAGAAGAAGACUUAAAACAAUAUCUUAAUUUACCAGUAUUUUAUGGGUGUAAUACAAAUAUAACAGACAAUGUUGUGCCUCAAUCGAGUUCAGGAAGAAAACUAAUUCAAGAAUAUAACUUGAAAACAAUGCAUUUAUCAUUUAUUAUUGGUAAAAAAGACAGUAUGAAUGAUAAAAUUCCAAGAUUUGUUGAUCCUAAUUUAAUAUUUUUUUCACGUGAAAUUGGAGAAUCAGUGAAUGGAGAUAAUGAAUCUAAAGAAUCAACUGCAAUAGCGGAUGUAUCACCCCCUGCUUGUAAGGUUGACGAAUAUGCACCAAAAUAUGGUUAUUCAACUGGUAAGGAUAAAAUGCUACUUUUCUUUUCAAGAAAACUGGAAAGAAGGAGAUAUGGAGAGCUAGAAGUUACAUUUGAAUAUGGUGCACCUAAUAUUAUUUGGUCGAAGACAAUUUGCAGUGAAGCUAUCAAUAUUAACGAUCAAAUGGUAUCAUUUAUAAUACCAAGUUUUCAAGAUCCUAUUAGUGAACGUAUUCCUGUGAAUAUAAAACUACAACAAAAAAAACGAAACUUAGGAACAAUCAAAUACUCUUAUAUUCCAAAAUCACAAAAUUCAAUCGGUGAAACUAACAUGAUGGGAACUCCUAAUUUACCUACACGACGUAAUCCACUUAAGCGUUCUAAAUCUAAUUUAAUAGCACAAGGUGCUGAUGAUGAACCUGAUGCUGUAGUACCUGUUUCUGAAAGUAAACCUGAAUCUAAUGCAUCAAAUUCUACACCUCCGCCAGUAGUCAAGUCUGAUCAAACAACUGGCGAGACUAUAGAAAAACUCCUCGAAGAAAAUAUUAUAACACUAUUUAAUAGUAAUAGUUUUACACCACUUUUAUCUACUUGUCGAUUCGCUGUUAAAAAACAUCCACAUUUAUUUCAUACAGCUAUCGAAAACAAUUAUUCUUAUCUUCUAUCACAGUUUAUUCCUAUCACUCUACGUAAACUACUUCAACAAAAAAAUGAAUCGGGUGAAACAAUUCUUCUUCAUAUUCUUCGUCUCAAUCGUCUUGAUAUUUUUAAGACUCUAAUAGAACACAAAAAGUUUGAUGAACUUCUCGAUGAUGUCAAUGAUAAAAAACAAAAUCUAUUUCAUGUUCUUGCAAUGAAUAAAGAUGCUGAAGAAAUAUGUGAUCUAUUAAUCGAAUAUCUUAUGAAAAAAUCAAUAAAUAUUGAAGAAAAGUUUGGUAAUGUUGAUGAAGAUAAUCAUACACCAUUAGAACUAUCAAUUAUAAAUGAUAAUCUACCAAUUACACGUUAUCUUUUAAAACAUUUUGAUAAAAAUGUAUGCCAAACAACUGAUGAUACUGGUGAUAAUCUAAUUCAUCUAGCUGUACGUCAUAGUAAUUUGACGAUGCUUAACUACUUACUCAAUGAAGGAGAAUUAAAGGAACAUGGAAAUCAAACAAAUUUGACAAUGACACCACUUGAGUUAGCUCAAUCAUUGAAACAUGAUGAUAUGGUGAAAUAUCUCAAUGAAAUAUAUCCUCAAUCGGAAUUUCAUGAAGAUGAAAGUUCAGACGAUGAUUAG